ACAUGCACACACACACAUACACCCCAGACGCAGUUUUGUACAGGGAGAGGGGAAGCUUGGGAAGCACUCGAUAGAUAGUCGGCUUUAAGGUGGGAGGAUCAGAGGAUCUCUCUCUUUCUUUCUCUCUGUCCCUCUCUUUCUCUCUAUCUCUCUGUCCCUCUCUCUCUCCGCCUCUGCUGCUUUUCAUAGUCCUGCAGAGCUGGGUGUGUGUCUGCAGACGGCUGUGAGCUUGUCUGCCCUUGCCGGAAAGUCACCUGGCGGGGAUUUUUUUUUCAUUCCUCAUACUCCUCCGUUCUAUCCCGCUCUGGAGCCGCCGUGCGGAAACAUAGUCCCGGGAAAACCACGGGAGUGACAGGGUGACGGCGGAGCUUUUACCUCCCCCCAAGGACGGAGGCUUUUUUUAACGGAUAGUUUGAGAGGCAGCUCAGUGCGGGAACCAUGGCGCACGCUGCAGCUCACAUUAAGAAGGCGCGGGUGGUGAUGGAGCAGGAGCCGGACACGAAGGCGCUGGAGAAGGCCCGCGAGAGGCGCCGGCGCUCCCGGGAGCGGGCAGAGCGCAAACGCAAGUCGGAUAGCAACACCAGCUUCCUGAGAGCGGCGAGGGCGGGGAACAUCGACAAGGUGCUGGAGUACCUGAAAGGGGGUGUGGACAUCGGUACCUGCAACCAGAAUGGGCUCAAUGCACUCCACUUGGCGGCCAAAGAGGGACAUGUGGACCUGGUCCAGGAGCUCCUGGAGAGGGGCGCUAGUGUGGACUCGGCCACCAAGAAAGGGAACACAGCCCUCCACAUCGCCUCUCUAGCGGGGCAGAUCGAGGUGGUGAAGAUCCUGGUGAAGCGCGGAGCUGAUAUCAACUCCCAGUCACAGAAUGGCUUCACUCCACUGUACAUGGCCUCCCAGGAGAACCAUCUGGAAGUGGUCCGAUACCUGCUGGAGACUGGAGGGAACCAGAGCACAGCCACAGAGGACGGCUUCACGCCUCUGGCCAUCGCCCUGCAGCAGGGCCACAACCAGGUGGUCUCCCUCCUCUUGGAACACGACACAAAGGGCAAAGUGCGCCUGCCCGCCCUCCACAUCGCCGCUCGCAAGGACGACACCAAGUCUGCUGCCCUCCUCCUCCAGAACGACCACAAUGCAGACGUCCAGUCCAAGAGUGGAUUCACACCCCUACACAUCGCUGCUCACUAUGGCAACGUAAACGUGGCAACACUGCUGCUUAAUCGAGGGGCAGCUGUGGACUUCACAGCCAGGAACGGCAUCACCCCCCUGCAUGUGGCCUCCAAACGUGGGAACACCAACAUGGUCCGCCUCCUGCUGGACAGAGGGGCCCAAAUCGACGCCAAAACACGAGAUGGGCUGACCCCUCUGCACUGUGCGGCGAGGAGCGGGCACGAUACAGCUGUGGAGCUGCUUCUGGAGAGAGGAGCGCCCAUGCUGGCCCGCACCAAGAACGGGCUGUCCCCACUGCAUAUGUCAGCGCAGGGCGACCACGUGGAGUGCGUCAAGCACCUGCUGCAGCAUAAGGCGCCGGUUGAUGAUGUCACGCUGGACUACCUGACAGCGCUGCACGUGGCGGCCCACUGUGGCCACUACAGGGUCACCAAGCUGCUGCUGGACAAGAGGGCCAACCCCAACGCACGGGCGCUGAAUGGCUUCACCCCACUGCAUAUCGCCUGUAAGAAGAACCGGGUGAAGGUGAUGGAGCUGCUGGUGAAGUACGGAGCCUCCAUCCAGGCCAUCACUGAGUCGGGCCUCACACCUAUCCACGUAGCGGCUUUUAUGGGUCACCUGAACAUCGUUCUCCUGCUACUCCAGAGUGGAGCGUCUCCUGACGUCAGCAACAUUCGUGGUGAGACAGCCCUACACAUGGCGGCAAGAGCCGGACAAGUGGAAGUGGUCCGCUGUUUGUUGAGGAAUGGAGCUAUGGUGGACGCCAGAGCAAGGGAGGACCAGACCCCCCUCCACAUCGCCUCUCGGCUGGGGAAGACGGAGAUCGUGCAGCUCCUCCUGCAGCACAUGGCCCACCCGGACGCGGCUACUAACAACGGCUACACUCCGCUGCACAUCUCGGCCCGGGAGGGACACGUGGAAGUGGCGUCGGUGCUUCUGGAGGCCGGGGCGUCGCACUCGCUCGCCACUAAGAAAGGGUUCACUCCUUUACAUGUGGCCUCAAAGUACGGAAGCCUGGAUGUGGCACAACUCCUGCUGCAGCGGCGUGCACCCCCUGACUCUUCUGGCAAAAACGGCCUCACCCCACUCCAUGUCGCCGCGCAUUAUGAUAACCAGAAGGUGGCGCUCCUGCUUUUGGACAAAGGGGCCUCUCCCCACGCUAUGGCCAAGAAUGGCUACACCCCCCUCCACAUUGCCGCCAAGAAGAACCAGAUGGAGAUCGCCACCACGCUGCUGCAGUUCGGAGCCGAGACCAACAUCCUGACCAAGCAGGGCGUGACUCCGCUGCACCUGGCCUCCCAGGAGGGCCACAGCGACAUGGCCGCCCUGCUCCUGCAGAAGGGAGCCCAUGUCAACAUGCCCACCAAGAGUGGACUUACCUCCCUGCAUCUGGCUGCACAGGAAGACAAAGUUGCUGCGGGAGAGAUUCUGGCCAAAAAUGAGGCCAGCCUUGACCAGCAAACCAAAUUGGGAUACACACCUCUGAUUGUCGCGUGCCACUAUGGAAAUGCCAAGAUGGUCAACUUCCUGCUGAAAAGUGGUGCCAGUGUUAACGCAAAGACCAAGAAUGGAUACACUCCACUCCAUCAGGCUGCACAGCAGGGGAACACACACAUCAUCAAUGUGCUGCUGCAGCACGGGGCCAAACCCAGCGCCAUCACUGUGAAUGGGAACACAGCUCUGGCAAUCGCCCGUCGCCUUGGCUACAUCUCUGUAGUGGACACACUUCGCGUGGUCACCGAGGAGAUCAUCACCUCAACAACGACGGUGACGGAGAAGCACAAACUGAAUGUGCCUGAGACCAUGACUGAGGUCCUGGAUGUUUCCGAUGAGGAAGGUGAUGACACCAUGACCGGGGACGGAGGAGAGUACCUGCGGGCCGAGGACCUGCGGGAGCUGGGAGACGACUCCCUCCCAGGCCACUACCUAGACGGCAUGAACUACCUGCGCUACAGUAUGGAAGGAGGCCGAUCUGAAAGUCACUUGCAAAGUGCUGAAAGGUCUUACACGCCAAGUCACCAUAGCUACUAUUCUCCCAAGCAUGAUGGGAUGUUGGAGGACACACUCGCCAGUCACCAGGUGUCCUCUCUGGGCAGGAGCAGUGAGAAGGACGCCUACAGGCUGAGUUGGGGAAAUGAGAACCUGGACAAUGUGGCCCUGUCCUCCAGUCCUGUCCACUCAGGCUUCCUGGUCAGCUUCAUGGUGGACGCCAGGGGGGGAGCCAUGCGAGGGUGUCGCCACAACGGCCUGCGCAUCAUCAUCCCGCCCAAGAAGUGCGGCGCACCCACACGGGUCACCUGCCGCCUGGUGAAACGCCACCGCCUGGCCACCAUGCCGCCCAUGGUGGAGGGUGAGGGCCUCGCCAGCCGCCUCAUUGAAGUGGGGCCCUCCGGGGCCCAGUUCCUUGGGCCGGUAAUCGUGGAGGUCCCCCACUUUGCUGCGCUCAGGGGGAAGGAGAGGGAGCUGGUGAUCCUGCGCAGUGAGACGGGGGAGAGCUGGAAGGAGCACCACCACGAGUUCACAGAAGAGGAGCUGAACCAGAUACUCAACGGCAUGGACGAGGAGCUCGACCCCCCUGAGGAGUUGGAAAGGAAGCGCAUCUGCCGCAUCAUUACCAGAGAUUUCCCACAAUACUUUGCGGUGGUGUCCCGUAUUAAGCAGGACUACAAUCAGAUUGGGCCCGAAGGUGGGAUCCUGAGCAGCACUGUGGUGCCGCAGGUCCAAGCGGUCUUCCCAGAGGGCGCUCUCACCAAGAGAAUCCGAGUCAGCCUACAGGCCCAGCCAAUGCAUGUGGACACAGUACGUAAGAUCCUGGGGAACAAGGCCACGUUCAGCCCCAUCGUCACGCUAGAACCAAGACGCCGGAAGUUCCACAAACCCAUCACCAUGACUAUUCCCAUUCCCAAGAGCAAUAGCGACCCUGUGCUGAACGGGUUUGGAGGGGACACGCCCACUUUACGACUCCUAUGCAGUAUCACAGGAGGAACUACACCAGCACAGUGGGAGGACAUCACAGGAACCACACCUUUAACAUUCAUCAACGACUGUGUGUCCUUCACAACAAACGUCUCAGCCAGGUUCUGGUUGAUAGACUGCCGGCAGGUCCAGGAGUCGGUGAACUUCUCCUCGCAGGUGUACCAGGAGAUCAUAUGUGUCCCCUACAUGGCCAAAUUUGUCAUUUUCGCCAAAACGCACGACCCCAUUGAGGCGCGCCUGCGAUGCUUCUGCAUGACAGACGACAAGAUCGACAAGACGCUGGAGCAGCAGGAGAACUUCGUUGAAGUGGCCCGCAGCCGAGACGUGGAGGUACUGGAAGGGAAGCCAAUCUAUGCAGACUGCUUUGGAAACCUGGUUCCCUUGACCAAAAGUGGCCAGCACCAUCUUUUAAGUUUCUAUGCCUUCAAAGAGAAUAGACUAGCCCUCUUCAUUAAAAUUCGAGACAACACACAAGAGCCCUGCGGACGACUAUCCUUCAUGAAAGAGCCGCGGACUUAUAGAACUCUAACCCACACCGCCAUAUGCAAUCUCAACAUCUCACUCCCAAACUACUCAAAGACCAACCGAUCGCAAGGAAAAUUAGAUCUACAGGAGGAGGCAGAGAGGAAAGAGUCACGGUUGGCAGUCAUUGCCGACCACCUUGGCUUCAGCUGGACGGAAUUGGCCCGUGAGUUGGAGUUUAGUGAAGAGCACAUUCAUCAAAUAAGAACUGAGAACCCAAAUUCACUUCAAGACCAAAGUCACGCCCUAAUUAGAUAUUGGACUGAAAGGGAGAGCAAGAAUGCUACAGAGACCGUUUUGAUCAAGAAACUAACCAAGAUAAAUCGUAUGGACAUUGUGCAUCUCAUCGAAACAAAGAUUAUCAAGUCCAGUACGGAGUCAUCACACACCUAUGCAGAAAUAGAGCAUACCAUAUCACUUGAUCACAGUGAAGGAUUCUCUGCCCUCCAUGAAGACAUUGACAGUCCAAGGCCAGGGAGACGGACGGAGGCUGCCAUGCUGAAACCAGGGUCUGGUCUGCAGCCCCCAGUGGUGUCGACUGAGGAUCUCUCUUCCAGCCUGUCCUCUCUUCAUGACGCAUCAGCACGGGCAGACGCUGACGUAUCCGUGACAGACCUCCUGAGACACACGCAGAAAGAGAAAGUGCAAGCCGACCUGAAAACAGACCAAGACGCUCUGGAAUUUGGAGUUACAACAAUGCCUGGAUCUGGACACCUAGGCACUGUCAAAUGUUCCGAAAACGCUGAGACAGACUUCAGUGAACUGUCCAAGUACCUGAGAGAUGAUAUUGUGCCAGGCUUUGUUUCUACCACCGUGAUCACCAUGACCCCACCAUCCAGUGAGAACCCGUCCAGUCAAGUUCCAGCACGGUCAUCACAUGAAGCCACUACAGAGGCAGUCAGUUCCCAAGUCACUGAGAGGGAGGUUUACACCAAACAGCACAUUGAGGAGAUUUCAGAGAGAUUCUACAAAGUCCUUUAUGGCACUGAAUUUGAGUUCAUCAGCAAGGAUGAACUGGAGGAAAUAAAUGUUCCACAGUCAGAGAAAGACAGGAAAGAGGAAGUGAAUGAAGAUAAAUGUAUGUCGUUAAUUCCAGGUGAGGAAGGCAAAGCCCUCACUGCCAUCAAUGAAUAUGCAAGUGAGUUGUCAUCCUCAUCUCAUGAGAGUGAUGUCAGUGACCUAGUAAUUGUGACACCAGAGAUCCAAGUUAAACCUGCAAGCCCACCUGAAUCUGUAGUGGAGAAUGAGCCACAAGUUUACUCACUGCAAGCAACAUCCUCUUCCAUGGAGUUGCCCACAAUUUGUCUGGUUGAUGUGGAUGAAUCGCCAGAAAUGCUUUCUACAGUGUAUCAGAUGUCAAGUGAUGAGAUGGCUGAGCAAUCAGUUCCCAAACAAAUUGAUUAUAGAUCAGUGUCACCUACCCCACCAGGUGCGGCAUUCAGAUAUGAAGUAUCAAUACCCAUAACCCAGCAGAAACCUACAAUCACUGUAACAGAAACAGCUGAAAAUUAUAGAGCUCUGAUAGAGCUUAUAACAUCAUACACAGAAUCUGAAAACACUGCUGACUUUGAAAUAUCUUUGCCAGAGGAAAGAACAUCUUCACCCGAAUUGGUAGUGUCGUUUGACGAGAACAGGCCACUCUCCCCCGAUUCCCCCAUACCUGACUAUAGACGAGAAUCCCUUGGCUCGGUCUCACUUCCUUAUUACAGAACCUCUUCACCUGAGUCUGUGACAUCACUUACCAGUGAGAGUCAACUUACAGCUGACUCUCCCAUACCUGACUUCAGGCCACCUACCCCUCUACCUCCAGUGAUUGACUAUGAUUUAUCAGACUUAACUGCAUGCUUUGCAGAGUCUGGUCAGUUCUUUUCAGCAGGACUGAGUAUACAGUCAGAUUCUGAGCUCAGGGUGGGAGCUUCUCAUUUGAUGGUGCCUGACACAUUAAGACCUGUUUCACCAGGGUCUUUUCUUGACUGGCGAUCAGUGACACCAGACUCAUUUCUUUUUGAGACUCAGGAAAUAACAUCCUCUCCUGAGCUAAGCACAGAUAGCACAGAGUACAGACCAAUGUCCCCAGAGGACUACAUGUCUGGAGUAAGGCCAUCAUCCCCAGAAUCCAUAAUAUCUAUAAAUGAAUAUACCAGACUGCCUCCAGACUCACCAGUGCCUCAUUUUGCUGUGACAGUGCAUGAAUUCAUCAGUGCAGUUGAUGGUGAAAGGUCAGGAACACCAGAAUCAACAGAAUCAGAGUGGGAGUGGGAACUAGUGGCACCCUCAGCAUUAGAUUUGGUAGGUAGACCCUCCUCACCAGAAUCAAAUGUUUCCAUCAAUGAACACCGGCAGUUAUCCCCAGACUCACCUAUUCCCCAGUUCGAAGUAUCACUUUUGGAAUACUCAGAGACGCAGUAUAGGUUGUCUCCUUUGUCUCCUGAUUCACUGACCUCGGAGGCAGAUGAAAACGAGCCAUGGACCGUCCUCACCUUUGCCUCUGAACAAAGACCCGAGUCACCUGUGUCAAUCACCUCUGUUAAUGAACUCAGAUCCCCCUUACCUGACUCCCCGAUUCCAGAAAUUAGACAGCACCUCCCUGAAUCUGGCUCAUACGAUGAACGAUCUUUUGGAUCACCUGUGUCUGUAUCAUCUGACACUCCUCAUUUCUUUGCCGCUGUCCCCAAAGCAGAAUCACCAGUAGUAGCCGACUCUAAACCGACUUUGGUAUCUUCGCCAGAGUUGCUUGAAUGUAGUCCUGUGCAGUUAGAACUGGUCUGUGCAAUAAGAGAACCCCCAAAGAAGAAAUAUGACACAGGUUUAACUGUAACAUCUGAAAAGACUGUAACAGAGGAGUCAACCAAACCAGGUACUGUGCAAAGUCCCACUCCACAAACACGAAAGAAGGGAACUAAAAAAGGUUCAAAGACUAAAUCCGUAACUACACCUGAGAUGGUGGAAUCUAAAACAGCAGAUAAAGAUGAAGUAACACAUGAAACAGAAGCAACAAAAGAAACAGUAGUCAUAGAAAAAGAUAAACACUUAGAAGUUGCUGGACAUAGUGAAAUCAGUAAAACAGAUGCUGAUACAAAAUCAGUAGACUCUUCAGAAUCGGAAAAUCGUGAAGAGCCAUCAUCAACUACAUCAACUGCAUCUGAGCUAACAAUACGCAAAUAUACCAGAUUGGUGCCUGAAUUCGAACUUGUUUAUAAAGCAGUUCUUCCAGAUUACAUAGCUCAUGUGUAUGACCCACAAUAUAAAGGAGAGACAUUUUGUGAUAAAACUGGUACUUUCGAAGUAACUGGGCACAGACUAGAGAUUGACUACAGAGAGUUCUCUGAAGCACUCUCUGUAUCACAGGCUAGUGCACUUCAAACUCGACCAGGUAUGGCAGACAACAAUGAAGGGGUGUCCCCUCUAGGUAAUAAUGUAUCUUCACUGGCUUCAAAACCUGACUUUAAGUCUCAAAGGCCUGAAUCCCCUGAGCUGGUAGAGUCAGAACUGGAAAAAGAGAGAGGUUUAUCACCCGAUUCAAUACCUGAGUAUAGGCCAGUCUCUCCCAAAUCAGCUAUGCAAAUGCUAUCAGAUCCCAGAACCUCAUCACCUGAAUCAGAAACAUCACUGAAUGAGUCCUUAUCGGCAGACUCACCCAUACCACAGUUCCCUUCCUACGUUGAUUCAGCCGCUUUCUUAGCAGGGUACAGAUCAGAAUCACCUGAAUCAGAAUUGUCUGAUGCAGAAAUUGAACUAUUUGUAACUUCCAGGGUUUCUGAUCAAAGACCUUCAUCUCCAGAGUCAGUCGCAUCUGUAAAUGACCACAGACCCCUCUCGCCUGAAUCACCCAUUCCAGAGUACUCACAUCAUCUGCAUUUUGAAAUGUCAGUUUCCCUGCUGGCACAUAGGUCGUCUUCUCCCGAAUCAGACAUCUCAGACAUAGACUAUGAACUACAGCUCGGAGAGGGAUUAGACCCUCAGAAAAGGCCAGAAUCCCCUGAAUCGAUUGUGUCAGAAACAGAGGACCGAAAUCUGUCCCCAGACUCUAUACCAGAGUAUAGACCUCUCUCACCAGACUUGGCCAUGGUGAUGAGAGAUCCCAGAGCAUCGUCUCCAGAAUCAGUGGCAUCCCUUGAUGAGUUUAAGGCAUUAUCACCAGACUCACCCAUACCUCAGUAUUCACUCUCAUUCUUUGAGCCAAACUUUAGCACAAGGCAAAGAUCUACAUCUCCAGAGUCUGUAGACUCUGAUAUAGAGUAUGCCCUCACUGAGUUUAUUCUCAUGGCCACUGAAGAAAGACCUUCAUCACCAGAAUCUGCAGGAUCUGUAAAUGAACACAGACAACUGUCCCCAGAUUCACCAGUACCUGAAUUUGCACCAACAAUAUAUGAGUCCACAAUGGGAAGAUACAGGUCAUCUUCCCCUGGGUCAAUGUCGUCCUUUUCUCUUGGCUCAGACAUCUCAGAAACAGAGUAUGAGCCAUUGCUGUCUGAGUUCCUCAUGAGAACAUCCUCAGCAGACUCUGAUGCUUCAGUCAAUGAGUUCAAAGAGCUAUCGCCAGACUCCCCCAUACCACAGUAUAUGCAGCCAUUCUUUGAUUUUGCAGGAUAUCCUGUGGGCUCAAGAUCACAGUCACCACAGUCUGUGGGAUCUGAUUUAGAAUAUGGAUUUUCUGACUUCCUUCUUAUGGCUACAGAAGAGAGACCCUCAUCUCCAGACUCCAUAGCAUCUGUAAAUGACAGCAGAGCACUCUCUCCAGAUUCACCCAUUCCAGAGUUUACACGGUUACUGCUAGACAUCAUUGCACCAUCGACAGGGUACAGGUCAUGCACACCAGUAUCUUAUAUAUCAGAUGAGGAAUAUGCACCGUUGUUUUCUGAGCUCCAUGAGUUGGAGCAAAGACCUGAAUCUCCUGAAUCUAUCACGUCAGAGCUUGAGGACAGAUCCCUUUCACCAGAUUCAAUACCAGAGUACAUACCAAUGUCCCCAGAUUCAGCCAUGGUGAUGACUGAUAUCAGAUGCUCUUCACCAGAAUCAGUGGCAUCACUUAAUGAGUUUAAGGCAUUAUCACCAGACUCACCCAUACCACAGUAUUCACUCUCAUUCUUUGAGCCAAACUUUAGCACAGGGCAGAGAUCUACAUCUCCAGAGUCUGUAGACUCUGAUAUAGAGUAUGCCCUCACUGAGUUUAUUCUCAUGGCCACUGAAGAGAGACCUUCAUCACCAGAAUCUGCAGGAUCAGUAAAUGAACACAGACAACUGUCCCCAGAUUCACCAGUACCUGAAUUUGCACCAACCAUAUAUGAGUGCACAAUGGGAAGAUACAGGUCAUCUUCCCCUGGGUCAAUGUCAUCCUUUUCUCUUGGCUCAGACAUCUCAGAGACAGAGUAUGAGCCAUUGCUCUCUGAGUUCCUCAUGAGAACAGAGUCAGCAGACUCUGAUGCUUCAGUCAAUGAGUUCAAAGCGCUAUCGCCCGACUCCCCGAUACCACAGUAUUCACUCUCAUUUUUUGAAACAACAUUUGCGACAGAACAACGAUCAGUAACCCCAGAAUCAGUAAUGUCUGACCUAGACUGUGAGUCAUUAGACCUUGACACUUUAGAAUCUCUCUACAGACCCUCUUCCCCAGAGUCAACUCUUUCUUUUAGUGAAAACAGACCGUUAAGCCCUGAUUCCCCAAUUCCUAAAUUCUCUUCACCAUUACCACCCUAUUAUUCUGUUGCCUUAUAUGGGUAUAGAUCCUCUUCACCAGAUUCCUUGUCAUCAGAAACAGAAUAUGAAUCAGCACUAUCUGAUAUCUUUGAUUAUGAAAACAGGCCUGAGUCACCAGCGUCAAUAGAGUCGGAGCUUGAGGACAGAUCCCUUUCACCAGAUUCAAUACCAGAGUACAUACCAAUGUCACCAGAUUCAGCCAUGAUGAUGACUGAUAUCAGAUGCUCUUCACCAGAAUCAGUGGCAUCACUUAAUGAGUUUAAGGCAUUAUCACCAGACUCACCCAUACCACAGUAUUCACUCUCAUUCUUUGAGCCAAACUUUAGCACAGGGCAGAGAUCUACAUCUCCAGAGUCUGUAGACUCUGAUAUAGAGUAUGCCCUCACUGAGUUUAUUCUCAUGGCCACUGAAGAGAGACCUUCAUCACCAGAAUCUGCAGGAUCAGUAAAUGAACACAGACAACUGUCCCCAGAUUCACCAGUACCUGAAUUUGCACCAACCAUAUAUGAGUGCACAAUGGGAAGAUACAGGUCAUCUUCCCCUGGGUCAAUGUCAUCCUUUUCUCUUGGCUCAGACAUCUCAGAGACAGAGUAUGAGCCAUUGCUCUCUGAGUUCCUCAUGAGAACAGAGUCAGCAGACUCUGAUGCUUCAGUCAAUGAGUUCAAAGCGCUAUCGCCCGACUCCCCGAUACCACAGUAUUCACUCUCAUUUUUUGAAACAACAUUUGCGACAGAACAACGAUCAGUAACCCCAGAAUCAGUAAUGUCUGACCUAGACUGUGAGUCAUUAGACCUUGACACUUUAGAAUCUCUCUACAGACCCUCUUCCCCAGAGUCAACUCUUUCUUUUAGUGAAAACAGACCGUUAAGCCCUGAUUCCCCAAUUCCUAAAUUCUCUUCACCAUUACCACCCUAUUAUUCUGUUGCCUUAUAUGGGUAUAGAUCCUCUUCACCAGAUUCCUUGUCAUCAGAAACAGAAUAUGAAUCAGCACUAUCUGAUAUCUUUGAUUAUGAAAACAGGCCUGAGUCACCAGCGUCAAUAGAGUCGGAGCUUGAGGACAGAUCCCUUUCACCAGAUUCAAUACCAGAGUACAUACCAAUGUCACCAGAUUCAGCCAUGAUGAUGACUGAUAUCAGAUGCUCUUCACCAGAAUCAGUGGCAUCACUUAAUGAGUUUAAGGCAUUAUCACCAGACUCACCCAUACCACAGUAUUCACUCUCAUUCUUUGAGCCAAACUUUAGCACAGGGCAGAGAUCUACAUCUCCAGAGUCUGUAGACUCUGAUAUAGAGUAUGCCCUCACUGAGUUUAUUCUCAUGGCAACUGAAGAGAGACCUUCAUCACCAGAAUCUGCAGGAUCAGUAAAUGAACUCAGACAACUGUCCCCAGAUUCACCAGUACCUGAAUUUGCACCAACAAUAUAUGAGUGCACAAUGGGAAGAUACAGGUCAUCUUCCCCUGGGUCAAUGUCAUCCUUUUCUCUUGGCUCAGACAUCUCAGAGACAGAGUAUGAGCCAUUGCUCUCUGAGUUCCUCAUGAGAACAGAGUCAGCAGAGUCUGGUGCUUCAGUCAAUGAGUUCAAAGCGCUAUCGCCAGACUCCCCGAUACCACAGUAUUCACUCUCAUUUUUUGAAACAACAUUUGUGACAGAACAACGAUCACUAACCCCAGAAUCAGUAAUGUCUGACCUAGACUGUGAGUCAUUGGACCUUGACACUUUAGAAUCUCUCUACAGACCCUCUUCCCCAGAGUCAACUCUAUCUUUUAGUGAAAACAGACCGUUAAGCCCUGAUUCCCCAAUUCCUGAAUUCUCUUCACCUUUACCACCCUAUUAUUCUGUUGCCUUAUAUGGGUAUAGAUCCUCUUCACCAGAUUCCUUGUCAUCAGAAACAGAAUAUGAAUCAGCACUUUCUGAUAUCUUUGAUUAUGAAAACAGGCCUGAGUCACCAGCGUCAAUAGAGACUGAGGCUGAGGACAGACCUUUGUCACCUGACUCUAUACCAGAGCAUAGGCCCAUCUCCCCAGAUUCAGCAAUAACAGAAGUUCGAGCAGCUUCACCAGAAUCCACAUCAUCGCUAAAUGAGUUUAAAUCGCUAUCACCAGACUCCCCUGUACCACAAUAUUAUCAGUUAUUCUUUGAGUCUACAUCAACCCAUAGGUCAGACACUCCUGAAUCUUUAGCGUCAGAUAUAGAUUUUGAGGUUUGCGAUCCUUACAUCGUAGCAAGUGGUUACAGGCCAUCCUCCCCAGAGUCAACAACAUCCAUAUGUGAUAACAGACCCCUAACACCUGAUUCCCCUGUCCCCGGAUUUGGGCAGUCUUUGCCUGACUAUCAAAUAGCACUGAAAGGACACAGAUCAUCCUCACCUGAAUCCAUAACUUCAGACAUAGAGUUUGACCAAACAACAGAAUUACCAUUGUCUGAAUACAGACCUAAAUCACCAGAUUCAGUGGCAUCAACAGAUGCACUAGUCUCUCAAAUCACACCUGAACCUGAUUUAACAACCUCUGAAGGGAUUAUCCAAGAGAAUAGACCCAUGGAUUUACCAACUAGUAUACUUUCCAAGCAAACACCAAAGAGAAGUCAAAUGCUUACUCAAUCAUCAUAUGAAUCCAUUUGUGUUGUCCCUGAGUAUAGAUUUGUACAUAAGGCAGUUCCAGUUAACCUAAUGUCCCCAGUGUUUGACCCCCAGUACAAAGGAGAAACUUUCAUGCCCAAACCCGGUGUUUUUGAGUGUAUAGGCAGUAGGAUUGAGACGCGUCACCAUUCGUCCACUGAGCAAAGACUUGCUGAAGAUUUUAAUGAUGAGCAUUACUUCUCAUCCAGAUUGACCAUCUCUGAAACAUCAGGUUCUUUGACAACAGUGAGUGAGUUCACAUCUCUGUCGCCUGACUCAGAAUAUGAUCGCUCAUCGCCUGACUCUACCAUGUUAAUGUAUGCAAGUAGAACAUCAUCCCCUGGGUCAGUGAUUUCGGUAGAUGAACAUAGACCAUUGUCUCCUGAUUCUCCUAUCUCCGGGCACACAGUUGCAUUACCAAAUACCUCAGUACAACCUUUAGAAAGCAGAGCAUCAUCUCUAGAGUCGAUAUCCUCAUUAAACGAGAACAAACAACUCUCUCCUGACUCGCCAAUCCCUCAGUAUAGACCCCUAUCACCAGUACAUGUCAGUGAAUUUGAAGCAAGUUACAAACCUGAACGGAAGACAAAUACAUCCAUAGCAACUGAAACCAAGGAAGAGUAUGGUUACCAGGAUGAUUUGUCAUGGCCACCUCAUGAAUUCAGAUCAUUUUCACCCAGUCCUCAGGACUCAGAGUCCGACUCUAGAUCCUUAUCACCUCAGACAUCUCCAUUUGAAACUGUGUUCCGAUGUCCUUCACCUGAGGCUGCUGUUGAACAUGGUUGGCCCCUGUCCCAGUAUUCAAUGGAAUUUGAGGAAGAAGUAGGCCGUCCCUCGUCACCUGAGUCCAUAGUGUCUUACACACAACAAGAUCAUAAGCAGAGUCAAAUUGUAUCGCUUGCUGAGGACAAAAAAGAGGUUAUCAAGACCUCAACUGUAACUGAGACUCAGCCACUGGGUCACUUGACAUCUGAGGAAAGUAGAGGACAGUAUGAGCAUAUUUUCCAGUCCCCUGACAUAUCUGACGACAAAAAAAUGGAUAUCCAUCAGCCAUGUCUGCUAUCACUUGAUAGCUCACUAAAGCCAAAACAGGUUGAGGAGAUGGUCACAAAGCCUAAAGCACCAAGUGAGAGGAAAAAGAAGAAGAUGAAGGCUGAACAAAAGGAAGUUGGUCAGAAAGAUGAGACUGCUGGCCAAGAGUCUGCAGAGUUACAAGCCCAGGACUUAGGAAGAGAUGAAGUCUCACCUCAAGGAGCUUCCGAAUUUAAAGUCCAAGAGCCUCAGGAGGGGGUUGAGAAAGCUCAAUACUCAAAGGGGUUAGAUUUGGAUCGUACUCUCAUUUGUGAAAGUGAUUCAACCAUUUUAGAUCAGAGAGUGUCAGUAUCGUCUGGUCCCAGCAAAGCUACUCACGAAGAGGUGAAAACAUUCCACCAAUUUGAGUUCUCAUUUUCACCGCCUCUGCAGUUUUUUAAGGAUGAUUCAUUAAAAACCCAUAGAGCAAUCACACCCAAUUUACAAGAAUCCCCUCUGCAAAACACCCUCACAUCCGAGUCCUCGUACUUCAUCAUGCCUUCCCCCAGAAGCAGUGACUUGUUUUCACCAAUGUCCAGUGACAGACUUGUACCACCGGACUACCAUGCCGUGGUUUCAGACUAUGGGCAGAGACCAUCAGAGCACAGCCAGGUGUCCCCUGCUGAUCUGAGUCCAGUGUCUCCUGUGUUUAGUGACUCGUCAUUGGAUGUAGGGCUGUCAACUGAUGCUGCCUCCGAAGGAAUGGUUGCCACAGCUGAAACAGGUUUCAGGCAGGCCCUCUCUGAAUUUGAGAAAACUCUGGCAUUAUGCGAUCCAAAUAAGGGAAACCGAAGGCACCCUGCAACUCAGCAACGCCUGGUUCACACUGACAGCAUCAAAAGUGAGGGCUCUGAGGGCUCAGAAUUUUUUGAUUGCAAACAAGCUUUCUCUGAUGCCUCUGAGCCUGAGCAAGAGGCAGAGGCUCUGAGGGCUGAUAUACCCUUCCACAUCGAGUCACUCCCUGGAACUCCCAGCUUUGACUUCCUAUCCAGCCAAUAUUACUCCAAGAGUGGCAGGAGACCUGUAUCAAUGGGCAGUGAUGAACUUGAAUUGCCCAUUGUUCUAGAACCUGAAGAGAUGUAUGAGUGUGAUGAAGAGGGAGAACUGGAUUAUGAGUACGCAGGUACUGUAGCCGAGGAGCUUCCCCCGAGAAAAGGGGAUUAUUAUGAUGACGAUGAGGAUUCCCUGGGCAGGGAGAUAGCAGAGGAGCUAGGUUUGCUGUCCGAUAGUUCAGAGGAGGAAAUUCUGACCACGAGAGUGGUCCGACGCAGAGUUAUAAUACAGGGUGACGAGAUGCCAGAGAUUCCUCCCCAGUCCGUGACCGAGGAGCAGUACACUGAUGAACAUGGAAACCUGGUGGUGAAGAAGAUCACAAGGAAAGUGAUUUGUAAGUACACGUCUUCUGAUGGAGUGGAGCGGGAGGAUGUGACAAUUGAGGGAUCACCGCAGGAGAACAUCACCGUGGACGAUGCGGACGGCUUCUCCAAAGUGGUGAAGAGGACAGUGAUACGGAGUGAGGGAGACCAGACAGAGGUGACCGUCGCUGAGCCGCCAUCACCGGGAGCAGCCACAGCCUCAGAUUUCGAGGCAGAGCAUGUCCACGGGCGGAAGGUCAGCCGGGUUGUGAAGACUAUGGUGGUGAAGGGCGAGCGCAUGGAGAAGCAGAUCGGUGACCCCUCGCUGGCGGCAGAUCUACCCUCGGCCAGAGACGACUUUGAAAAGGCGUUGAGUUUCGCUGGGGGCUUUGGAAGAGUGCUUAUGCCUCAUUUAGUAGAAAAGGAGGUUGUGAAGGAAGAUGGAUCGGUGGUGAAAAGGACACGACUGCGUAAGACGUGCACGCAGAAGAGGACUGUGAUGAGAGACGGCCAGGGCAAGCACACUCACCUGGAGCGUCUGGAGGACACCCCCGAAGCCUUGCGACCCGACCACCUUCAGCAACACCUGCGCCUGCUCCUCCAGAGCUACUGCAACAAGCGAGACGAAGAAGGGGAGGGCGAGAAGAAGGAGGAGGAGGAGAAGGUGAAGGAGGAGAAGAAGUAGAAGAGGGAGGAGAAGGAGGACUGAUGGUAUUGCCACUCGUUUGCCGUUUCACUUCCCCUGGUGUCGAUUGGUGGCUUUACCUCCAACUCAUCCUUUUUGCUCCCUUCUGUGAAUUAUACAUCCUGUCGUUCUUUCCAGCCAGGACCUUUCGCAGAACGCACUGCAGAUUCUCGCCACCUUGCUCUUCCUCUCUGUGAACCUCAGCGCCUUUACCACUGCUUCGCAAAUCCUGGAAUGUUUUCUUUGAUUUUUUGGUUUGUUUGAUCAUGUCACUCUUUUUGUCCUCUCUUUGGCAACAGAUAGAACACUCUCUUUUUUCCAUCGUCUAUAUGCUUUAAUGCGAUUUCUCCGUUUGUUUUCCUUUGAUUUGCUCAUUUUGUGACCAAAGAUAGCUUAUCCUGUUUUGUCUGCCGACUUAACGGAGACAACUUUAGUUACCUUUUGCCGUGCUCUUUUCCUACUUUUGGCUGCUGUGUUCUGGAGGACUAAACAAACGAAAAGAAGAAAAAAAAACUCAACUGUUAAAAAUCAAAAGGAUGGAAAAAGAAAAGGAACAGGAGAACAAGUGGAAGGGGUCGACUGGGAUGCCGAAACUCAUGCACAGUCCUUUUUUUGCCGACGGACAUUUUGUUCUGAGGAGGAGCCAUCGCAGGGGGACGCCACUGAAACUCACUGCUCUGCUUCCCAUACCUGCUGUACACACACACACACACGCAGCUAGCGGAUCCCACAUGAUGCUCAGCACCCAUGGAUCACACAGAGAAAAAAAAAACACAAUACCUCCCCCCCCCCCCCCCCCAUCAGUUGUUAGAGGAACCUGUCGUAAUGAUACUAACCUAUUCUAACCCGAGCCGAGAGGCUGCGAUCUGUUGUAGUCUGUGUAUAUGGCGUAAUGGCCUCUGUACAGUGUGAGGAGUGUGUGGAUUUAGAGGACGCGAUUCCAAAGGAGAAUGAAUGCGAUAGUGUGCUCUGUCAUGACCCAUAAAUGAGUACUUUGCCUCACAAUGACUAAGGGGGUGACGUUAUAACCACUGCUUGCGAAAUGUGUUGCGUCUUUUUGAAUGUUUCUGUAAAUCAGAUUUUCCUGUGUUUUUUUUUUCCCAUCCAAGUCUGGGUGUUGGAGAAAAAAAUGUGUAUGGUGUCACAGAGUCCAAAGCCUUUCACACUUGGUUUGUAAUCCCAUCUUGUCUAGUCACUUUUUUUCUGUGUGUCUGUGUCUCACUUGUGUGUGCUUGUCACGUUCUUCAGAGCAAAGAGAUAUACAGUAUCUGCAUGUCUGUCUGUCUCUGUGAGUGUGUGUGAGAGUGUGUUUGUGCACACUGUGCUUGUUCACCUCACCCCAUCCUCCAAAUGGAAAUAGUUACAUGAUUGUUUCAGCUUCAGUUAUUUUUUUAAUCUGUGCAUUGUGUGAGAGCUCACAACAUCCCUAGCAACCAACACACAACAAUAUACAAGCUUCUUCAUCACCUCUGCCAACACACACACACUAUCCCACUGCUGUUAUCUUCUUGAGCUUGUGACUUCGGUUUCAAUGCCCCUGGCCAAAGCCCUGAGACUGUGCCCAUGCGUGUUGACCAGGCCGCCACUGACUGGAUAAGGAGGGAAAGCGCGAAUGUGGUCUAGUUGUUUUGGUUUGAUUUUGUUUGUUGUUUUUUUUUUUUUGUUUCUUUUUCUCUUUUAUUGUUGUUGCAAAUGUUGUAAAAUAAAAGCGUGAUACCUCUCACACCAUGGAUCUGAGUUUGUGAGGUUAUAUUAGACAGCUGUGGCAUAACCUCAAGGGUUCCCAUUGAACCGAAGGAAGACCUAAAAGACUCCAGAAUAGUCUAGACUAGAGGGCAGGGCAGUGGACCAUUAGCUGUGACUUUCAACUCUGUCUAGAAAGACAAUAUUACUUCAUACUUGAUUUUUUUUUUACAAUGGUAAGGGAUUUGCAUAUCAACAUUUCAGAUUGUUCAAUACUAAUGACUGAUCACAACAAAUGCUUUACUGUUACAGUUCCUCUUGAUUUUACCAACUGGUCAGAGAAGACCAUCGCAGUUCAAUGCAAUAGUUCAGGAGGUCAACAUGUUGGUUAUUCUAGACCAGUCUCUGAAGGGUCAGCCACCUGCUUUACAAUAAUCCAAAUGCCAUUAACUUGUUUUACGAAACAACACAUAUGUUCAAUAUGGUAAGUGGAACCACUACUGUACACAUGACUAUAGUUCUGCUAUGGGGUUUCUCGACUGACAACAUAGCACAGGACCCAAAUUUAGACAUUACACCAAAUAUUCAGGACCCAUAUUGAGACAUUACACCAAAUUUUCAGGACCCAUAUUUAGACAUUACACCUAAUUUCAUUUUACUCUUUCAGGUGAGGUUGAAGUCAAAGCACACCAUAACCACAGGACACCAUGUUGACUUUCCAAACAUGAAAAUGCAAAGCAAUCUGUUGAAUUGACCAGUGGAGAUAAAACAUCUCAGCUUUAAGAGUCCUCCAUGAACACCUGCCUUGGCUGUUUAAGCCACGUUAGAUACAAAAGAACAUGUACACUGGUUAGAGCAAAGACACCAAAUCCUCAGUGUAUUCAUUCAAUAUGCAAUAUCAACUCUGUGUGUGUGUGUGUGUGUGUGUGUGUGUGUGUUGUAUGUGUGUGUGAGGCAGAUUAAUCUUGUGUUACCUGUAGAGGGCGACUCCCUACUGGCUUGUAGAUAGACGCAGAGCAUCUUUUAUUUUGACUGAUAUCUCAUGUUCAGUUCAUCUUCCUGGUGCCCAUUUUCAAUCCUCAUCUGUAUGAGUUCAUGAAUAUAUGCAUGUGAGAUUGUGUGUGUGUGUGUGUGUGUGUGUGUGUGUGUGUGUUGGGGAAAAUGUUUAGUAUGAAUCAUUGUCCAAGUUCUCUGAGAUGUCAGUUACGGCUUCCAAUAGCAAAAGAAUAUUAAAAGAAUGAAAGUGAAAUGGUUAUGACAUCUUACCCACUGUGUGUAACUGUGACCUGGGGUUGGCUUAAAGCAUCUAUGUGCAGUCAAGAUUAUAUCCUACUCUUUGUGACAAUACUAUGGUUUUCCACAUGACUUCCAGAGUGUAAAAACAUGAUGGCUAAGAGGAGAAAAAUUAACAAAUGUUUUGAUUGUUGAACAAAAAAAAAAUAAGUUUCAGAACUGAGCAUCUUGUUACCAUGGUGAUGACAAUUAUACAUUAAUAUAUACGAGGGCAUGUAAUAGUAAACUAAAUAACUGGGGGAAUAAUAAUAAUAA